AUGGAUCCACGGUACAACCAGCAAUACGGCUACUCGCACGGGUCCAACGGCCAGUAUCCCUCACAGCAGCCGCAGAAUGGCUACCCGCAAUAUGGCCAAGCUCCGCAGUACCCUCCGCAGUACCAGCAGCAAUACCAGCAGCAGUAUGCCCAGGCGCAAAUGCAAAUGCAACAUAGGCAGCAGCAGCAUCAGCAGCAGCAGCCACAGCAAAGGCAGCCGCAGGCAAAUACGCCGCGACCGCAGAGCCAGCAGUACAUGCAGAUGCCUCAACAUCAGCACACAUACCCCCCACAGCAGCAGUACCAGCAGUCGCAAUACCAACAAAUGCCACAACAACAGCUGCAAUACCAGCAGCCCUCGCAGCAGCAACAGCAUCCGCACAUGAGGCAAGGACAGGCACCGUUCAAACACUCAAGUAGCUCUGGGAUAAUGCAGAUGGAUGGCUCCCAAGAUAUUUAUCGACGGCAAAGUGCGCAACAAGUCCCUACUCCACCGAUGUCGAAGCCAGUACAGCGGACAUCGUCGCAUCAAGAGGGCAUGCAGCCUCAGUUACAGCAAAAGAACCUGCCAGCCGACAUGUCGGUAAUGCUACUAUCGGCGGCAGAUGAAUACAUCGCCGCAGCACGUGGAAUGGGACCGUCAGUAGCACGACAGAAGAAGAAUGGCGAGGUGCAGCAGUACUACAAGCUCAUGUCGACUGCGAUGGGGUGCAUGGAUGCUGUGCUGAGGAAGUACAAUAUGCAGCCGCGAGAUGAGGCGAGAUUGAGAUUGAGGUACGCAAGUCUCCUCAUCGAGGAGACGGAUAACACCGCCGAGAUCGAUGAGAUCCUAUCGAAGGGUAUCUCUCUGUGUGCGCGUUGUCGUCUUCAAGAUCUACGCUACAGCAUGCUGCAUCUUCAAGCUCGAUACCAGUACCAAACAAACCAUCGAGCGGCUUUCAAGGCUCUCGAUAAAAACAUUUCAGAAGCCGAGACAUUCCAGCAGAUCGCUUGGGUGUACGCAUUUCGGUUCUUGAAGGUCUCACUGUUGUUACAAAACACCGAACGCAUUGAAGCAAUACCUGCCCUCCAACAGUUACACGCUAUCAACGCUCAUGCAAACAAGUGUGGCGAUACCGCAGUGGCCUUCGCCUGCAGUGCCUUGGAGGCGAUGGUCCAUCUACGAUCAAGCGCCCAAGACCGUCUGGUUGAGGCUCAGCGGGCUAUUGCACAAGCUCGAAGUCUGCAACUCACGAUGUCGGCGGAGCAACAAGGCUCCUUUGGUACAAUUUUUAGCGUCGUGGAUCUGGCAAGUAGUGUACACCAGAACGCACCUGACAGCGCGAAGUCAACUACUCUCGUUCAAGCUACUGCAGACGAGAACGACGCCGCUCUUGGUACCGAGAACGGUGUGUUUGCCGUGACACUCGAUCGGACAGCCGGUGGCGACCUCACAACGGAUACUGGUGGCAUCUUCGGGAAGAGCUUGGAGGGUCGCGAUGAACUGGUGUUCAGCUGGUUGCCUAGAGAAGACAUCAAGGCGCUGUGUUUCCACAUAUGUGCCUUGGAUCAGAGCGUACAUGAGAAGGCAAUGCAGCUAGUCCAAGAAGCGCGGUCCAGAACGAGAGACUCUAUGCGAAAGCAAUCCCCGUACGGCUUGCCUAUCUCGACUGCAUGUGCGGAGACGCAGUGGCGCAGGGUACUGGACUGGAAUGCUACGUUUACACUCGGCCUUAUCGCGACGCAUCGAGAAGAUCAAACGACAGCCAAUGAUGCAUUGAGGUCGCUUACAAGGAGACUUACGACCGCAUCUUACGCGAAUCAACGGAAGCUCACGCAGUUGUUAUCGUACCUGGAGGCCAUCAUCGACCAGACAAGUGGUCGAUUCAGUACUGCACUUGCAACAUAUUCAUCAAAGGAGUACGCACUGUCUGACAAGGGCCACAUUCCAACACUGUCAGGCGAGCUCAGCAUCUUAGCGGCGUUCAACCGGUUGCUCAUCGCUAGGGAUCCAGCUCACCCAGACCACGAGAUCGUCGGCGCCUUGCUGUCACAACUCCGACUUGCCUGCGAAGAGCAUCCCAGUCAAUACGUCCGCAUGGCAUUUACACUUGUUAAUUCGCUCUGCACACUCGACCCCUCCAUCAACCGCCUCAAGACGCUCAUGAACAACGCCACGCAAAAGUCGCAUGACCUGUUCAAGCGUACUGCCAAUCGUGAGUUCGUUGUCAUGUCGCUCUGCUACUUCACCGCCCGCUUCUUUGUCGAGCCCGUUACAGACAAGUCAUCUUCGGCCGUGAAUGCUGUGCGCCAACAUGCGAAGCAGAGCAAUAGUCCGCUGUGGAUGGCGGUGGCCUGUGGGUUGAUGAUCAAAGUGUUCGAGCACCACAACAGCACAGCGGAGAAGCAGAAGUACGAGGAAAUAUAUGAGAAGGUGCGAGUCAAGUUGCCGGCACCGCUGAGAGGUGAGGAUGUCGAUGCCGAGGGUGAAGAUGAUGAUGGGGACAUCGACCUUGUAGGCUAA